AUGGCGCUGGGAAAAUCUGCUGUGUCAAUAGAGUGCCCAAUGGAGCGGGGAGGCUGGCAGCGGUGGCUGCUGCUACUGGUGGGCAUUCAGCUGGCUGGUGGCCAGUGCCCAGAGCAGUGCCAGUGCGUCCGCACCGCCCAGGUGGAGUGCUCCGGUGCCGGCAUCACCGCAGUGCCCAGCCCCAUCCCCGCAAAUGCCAUGACCCUCCAGAUCAUCAACACGCGCAUCACCGAGCUGGGCGACGCGUCCUUCGGCAACGCCUCCCUGCUGAUCGGUCUGCGCAUUGAGAAGAACAACCUGUCGCGCAUCAGCCCCGGGGCCUUCCAGCACCUGCCCGACCUGCGCUACCUCAGCCUGGCCAGCAACAAGCUGCAGGAGCUCCCUGUGCAGGUCUUCGAGCCCCUGGGCAAGCUGGAGUCUCUGCUCCUCUCCAGCAACCAGAUCCUCCAGGUCGAGCCUUCCCACUUCGCCCACCUGAGCAACCUCAAGGAGCUGCAGCUGCACGGGAACAACCUGCAGGAGCUGAAGGAGGGGGUGUUUGACCAGCUCACCAGCCUCACCAAGCUCAACCUGGCCAGGAACAACAUCGACCGCCUGCCGCCCCGGGCCUUCGAGCGGCUGGCGCGGCUGCAGGUUCUGCGGCUCUACGAGAACCGGCUCCGGCAGAUCCCGGCAGGCGCCUUCGAUGGGCUGCCGGAGCUGCAGGAGCUGGGGCUGCACCAGAACCAGCUGGAGACACUGUCCCCGGAGCUCUUCGUGCACAACGGGAAUCUGCAGAAGCUCUACCUGUCCAACAACCUCCUCGCCGCCCUGCCGAGCGGUGUCUUCUUGCCCCUGCGCGCCCUCGCCAAGAUCACCCUGCACGUCAACCGCCUGCGGGACAUCUCCCCCGGCGCCUUCGGGCCCAUGCACCUGCGGGAGCUGUGGCUCUACGAGAAUGAGCUUUCCACCCUCCCCACUGCCGUCUUCAGCAACCUCACCCAGCUGCAGCUCCUGGUCCUCAGCAAGAACCGGCUGCGCUCAGUGGCGCUGGGGGCUUUCCAGGGCUUGGGGGAGCUGCUGGAGCUGUCGCUGCACUCCAACGCCCUGCGCCACCUGGACUCCCAGGCACUGGAGGGGCUGCCCAAGCUGCGGAACAUCUCCCUGCACCACAACCAGCUGCAGGCGCUGCCACGGGGCCUCUUCGGGGCCACCCCGGGGCUGCGGCACCUGCAGCUGCACUCCAACGCCCUGGAGUACCUGCCCGCCGGCAUCUUCUCCCCCCUGGCCACCUUGCGAGAGGUGAAGCUGCACAACAACUCCUGGCGCUGUGACAAGGGCAUCCUGCCCCUGCAGGGCUGGCUGGAGGACAACCCCCACAAGGUGGGCGAGACACCCCCCCUCUGUGCCCAGCCCCCUGCCCUGCGGGGCACCCCCAUCGCUGGGCUGCCGCGGGACCAGCUCCUCACCCCCCAGCCCUCCACUCCCUCCCCCCAUCCCAGCACCCAGCUCCCUGCUCACCCCUCCAAGGCAGCAUUGCCAGGGGGUGCCUGGACGGAGCCCCCCAUGGGGCUGCCGGUCUCCCCACGGGAGGAGGAGGAGGAGGAGGAAGAGGAGAGGGGGCAGUGGGGGCUGACACGCACGCAGAGGGGGGUGGUGGUGGCAGUCAUUGUGCUGGUGUGUGUGGCCCUGCUCGCUGCUCUGGUGGCACUGGUGGUCUACGGCUGUAGGAAGAAGAGCCACGUCGUGCUCAUGAGGAUGAAGGCGCCCAACGAAGCCUGAGCGCCCGGCAGACCCUGGGGGGAGCGGUGCUGGCAGGCAUCCCCUCCCCACGGGGCCAAGGGACAUGACAGUGGCUCUGCAUCAGCUGCCCUUGCUGAUUGGGACGGGCCAGCAUCACCCCGUGUGCUGCGUGUCCCCCUGUCCUGCUCUGCUUUGCCCUGCCCCUGCUCUGCAGCAGGGCGUCCCCCCCAGGUGACCUCCCAUGGCUGCCCUCUGUCCCCAGCCCCUCCUGCCUCCACUGCAGCCUCUGUGCUCAUCCCCUGCCCAGGGGCCAGCGGCUGGGGUGCGGCGUGAUGAGACGGACCCCUCCAGCAGGGAGCCACGGCCUGGCCAUGAUGGUGCUUACCCCAAACAACAGGACAUCCUCAUCCUUCACCUUACUUCGUCCCGUCCAGCGCUGCCUGCCCUUGCACUGCCUGCUGCCCACCCCCAGCCCCUCUUCCCCGUCUUCCCCCCUGCGCCAUGCCUUCAGCCUCUGCCCCUGCCUGGGCAGGCAGGUGCUAGCUGUCACACAGGGCCAGGAGCUGAGCGAGCGCCUUCGCCCCCAGCAGAGCAGCACGUCCUUGUGCUGCUUUGUAGCUCGCCUGCAUCCGGGCAGGGAUCCCAGCAGGGCUGGGCUGCCUGGGCCUCGUGCUGCUGCUAGGGUGGCACACCCUGAGCGACUUGGCACCGUCCAAGCUGCCCUCCCUGCCUGCAGGCAGGGCGAGCCAGAGCACAGCCAGCAUCUUCUCCUGGUCCUCCGAGGAGCCUCCUGCUCCCCCCGCCCUGGUGCAUCUCCUGCCAGCAGAGUUGCGGGGCAGCGUGCUGGUGUCUGGGUGCAGCGGCAACCGCCCUGAGCCCUCGCUGCACGCUGGUGCUAACCCUCCUGUGGCCAUGCCCCUGCCUGCAGCGCCCUGCCCCAGCCCCACGGGUGGCUGGGGGGCUUGCACCGGCCCCUGCUGUGGGGGAGUUAUAGGGGUGAGACAAUGGGUGUGAAGUGUCUGCCAGGGGCUGGGAGAGGCCUCUGUGCUUGUGCCCCAGGGCUGCUGGAGCAUGCCGGGGCUGCUCCUGCUGCACCCCAUCCCUGGUCCUCGCUGCCUUGAUACCCUCAUGCAUCCUCCACCAGCUAGUGAGCAGCCUGGCCCUGUUCUGCCUGGCAAAGCUUCUUCCUCUUCCUCUUUUUCUUCCUCCCUCGAGUGUCUUCCUGUAUGUGCCCAGUCCUGCUGCCUUCUCGCAGCCCUCAGGCAGCAGGGAUGCCGGUAGCGCACAGUGGGGGGGUCAGCAAACGCUGGCUGCUCUGCAAUUCGCAGGUGGGUGCUGCACCAUCCCCUGCAGCACCUGCAUCCAGCGGCCACCCUGCCUCCUCCAGCUGUGGCACAGACACAGAGGGGUCCAGCUCACCUCUGUGUGCAGUACAGCGGCGCCAGGCUGCCUGGGGACUGAUGCCAUGGGAUGAGGGUCACACUUGGUGUGCACCCCAUAGUGCUGGCUGCUCACAGGACCCCAGGAGCCAGCGCUGGCACAAGCAGCCCCACGCUCGUGCACAUGAUGGGAUGCUCCUCUGGGCUGGGAUCUGUACGGCGGCAGGAGACACGGGACUGUGCCGCGGGGCUGUUGGGUGCUGCUCUGUGACCUCUCCAUUAAAGUGCAGUUGUCCACCCCCA